ACUCCCAAGCUGGUCUCUGCAUGGCCCUCCAAGCAGCGAUCCCACCAGGGAUCAGCUGAGCAGUGAGAUCUGGUGCUCAGUAAGCGGUUGCCUCUGAUCCUGCCUGACAAAAGGGGAGGAGAGAAGGAAAAAGUAAAGACAAUCCCCAGCAUGGUGACUCAGCAUCUUUAUACUGUUAAGCUUUGAACUGCAAACACAGCUUUUGCACCUUUCGUGUUCUCUGCGUUCCCAGCCAGAAGGCGCCUUCACAUCCUAUCUCAGCCUGCCUUAAGUCGCUCCAUGAGCACGAUGAGUGGAAAAAACAGCCCAGAGGGUGAAGAAGGAGCUGGGAGAAUGAAGAGUGAGAGCUGGGGGCAGAGCAACGCUGCGGGAGACGUCAGGAGGGGCCGGGUGAUCCUUGUUGCCUACCUGAUAGUAACCCUGGAGCUGACCUUCCUGUUCAUGCAGUUUGGAGUCAUGCCUUACUUGGCAAAGAGCCUGGGUUUGGAUUCGGUGGGGUUUGGGUACCUCCAGACAACCUUUGGUGUCCUCCAGCUCGUGGGAGGUCCCAUUUUUGGAAGGUUUGCAGAUCAGUUUGGUAACAGAGCUGCCUUAACUCUCUCCUGUGCAUCUGCGAGUGCCUUCUUCCUGCUCCUGUCCAUCUCCACCAGCGUCCCCAUCCUCUUUCUCUCCAGGCUACCAUCAGUGUUCAUGCAUGGGCUGCCAGGUGCUCAGAAGGUCAUUACAGACCUGACAGCUCCUUCUGAACGUGCUGCUGCCUUGGGGAAGCUGGGUCUUUGCUUCGGAGUAGGAAUCAUCAUCGGCUCUGCCUUGGGAGGGGUCAUCUCCACCAAAUUUGGCAUUUUUGUUCCCAUGUAUUUUGGGCUGGUGGGAAGUCUCAUAAAUACCGUACUAUCAGUAGUUUGGAUCCCUUCUCCAUCUAAGCCGAAGUCAGAACAUCGUAAGACAGAACACAGUAGUGUAUUCAACAUCAGAGAAAUCCUACGUGUGUUGAAGUUUCCGGGAGUAAUGGAAAUCUUCUUAGUCAAGGUCCUUUCUGGAUUUCCCAUAGGUUUGUUCCUGAUUAUGUUUUCCAUCAUCUCGAUUGAGUUCUUUGGAUUGGAAGCAGUGGAGUCUGGAUACCUGAUGUCAUAUUUUGGUGUCCUUCAGAUGGUUGUCCAAGGCCUGGUGAUUGGAAAACUCACAAGCCAUUGCACGGAGCAGACCCUGCUCAGGCUUGGCGUCCUCGUCUUUGCCGGUGUGGGGCUGGGCAUGGCCCUGAUGAGGACAGUAUGGCAUUACUGCAUCAUCGUGGUGCCGCUGGUGUUUGCCUUCAAUGUGUUGGGCACCAUCACUGACAGCAUCCUCACCAAGGCUGUGCCCUCCACUGACACUGGGGCCAUGCUGGGGAUCUGCGCCUCGGUCCAGCCCUUGACAAGGACGGUGGGCCCAACACUCGGUGUCAUUCUGUACAAGCAGUUUGGAGUCUCCUCCUUUGGCUACUUGCAGCUCAUCGUCAAUGCCAGUUUGUUUGUUUAUCUCUUAAAGAGCAAAAGCCCACUGAGAGACACAAAAAGCCACUAAUUCAUGAGAGCUGCCUCUUCCCUUUUUCCACAGAAAUAAAGAAAGAAACAUUGUUGUA